AUGGUUGUCUACUACGAACUCGCUGGCCGCAAGGUUGGCUCCCACGUGCUUUCCAUGGGUGUACUGGGCGCCCUGUUCGCUGGCUCUUGGCUCGCUACCCGUGGUGGUAGCGACAAGAAGGAACUAGGUCCUCCCAUCAAUGCCGGUUCCAAGGACGAGGAGAAAUUCAUACAGGACUUCCUUAAAAGCGUCGAAGGCGAAGAAAAAUCUAAACAUUAA